GGCUUCCGGAGUUCGCCGUCAUGGCGGCGGGCUGCUGCGGAUCUUCCUGAGGGGAAGCUUCCUCCGGACGCCAUGGACAAAGCGUCGCCGUUGCCCUUUGAGAUUCCUCGAGAACCGCAGCAGCCUGAGGAAUGCGAAGGCCGCCUCUCGCCUGGCAGCGGAAGCUCCUGCUCUGCGUCUCUGUCCAGCGGUUCCGAGUAAGGAAGAGAAGGGGGUGGACGCAGCCUUUCUCAACCUGUGAGUCCCCAGAUGUUGAACUACAACUCCCAUCACCCCUAGCUAGCAAGGCCAGAGCUCAGGGAUGAUGGGAGUUGUAGUCCAACAACAUCAGGGGACCCACAGGUUGGAGAAGGACCCACGCUGGAGAAGGGCGCUGUGUAAUUGGGGCCUCCUGCUGCUGCUAUUCCAGCGUUUUCUGUUUCUUACUUCCAAAUGUUGGGAUUUAGACUGUUUUUUUAUUUUAAAAAAUCUGUCCAUAUGUUAUUCUUUGCUACUCCGAAAAGAUCGAGAGGUGCGAAGGACUCACAAGGGUCAUCUAGUCCAACCCCAUGCAAUGCAGGAAUCUUUGGCCCAGCUUGGGACUUGAACCCACAACCCUAAGAUUAAGAUCCUCAUGCUCUGCUGACUGAGCUUUUCCAAGCUGCAGAACUAGGAUCUUUGAUGAUGGAUGGAUGUACCUGCUUACAAUCGCUGAGCCCCUCCUCUCUAAACAGCAGUAACCUUCCUGUCUCAUUUGGACAUUCUUCGUGCCUCUUCGUGCUAUGUACACACAGUACAUUUAAAGCACUUUACUUCCCCCAAAGAAUCCUGGGAACUGUCUCUAUUUCAGAGUCUAUAUCAAACUUUAUUUUGGUCACAGGCCAGCAUAAGAUAAAACAUACAGAUAAACUGAACACAUAAGACUUAAAACAGGUAAGGGAUAAAAACGAAUAAUUAAAAUGUGAUUAUACCAUACAUAACUUAAAAAGAUAAAAAUAAGGACAAACGGUUAAAAGUGGCCAUAAGGGAAGGAAUGUAAAGGAGCAACUGGGAACUGUAGUUUACCCACCACAAAGCCACAAUUCCCAGCACCCUUAACAAACUGCAGUUCCCACAAAAUGAUUUUUCGGAAAAAUAAAAAUAUGGUGUAUACAUGAACUAUAUUGGAAUGGGAUAGAUGGGAAUUCCUCACCUUUGUUGAUUCUUGGCUAGGUUUACUGAAAAAGAGGGCUGCUGAUUGUUCAGUUGCCAUGGGCAAGAAAUUCAGAUAUUCCUCCCUUUGGGGUGUAAGUAUAAAAUGUAAGCCUUCACUCACUAGCCCUGUUUUUGCUUUUGUUCUACUCAGUUGUAGCAUCUGUGGUUUACAUACCCUCUCUUUGUUCAUCUUCAGCCUCAAGCCCUUCAGGAGCUAGGUAAUCAGGGUGCUGUUAUUUCAUAGAAGUUUAGAUAUUUGUGACUCUUUAUAUUUUAUAUUUCAAGAUCUAUGGAACUCCUUGCCACUUUAGAAUUCGUCAGUGUAUCCCUUUUUUGCUGCCACCAAUUACUUCAGAAUGCUUUUAAAUCCAUCUAAUAGCUUGGUAUCAUAGGCUUAAGCGUGAGAUUUAUACUGACACUGGAAAUAGGAUGAAUGUUAACUAAGAUAAUUUAUCAAAUGAAUAUUUUGUAUGUAAGGGAAUACUGAUAUUUACAUUGGAGUCAUACUUGUAUUGGACAAUUUCUAAGGACUCAAGAGCCACUAUUGCUGACACCAGCUUCUAAGUGGUUUUACCACAAGCUAAAUUCCCUCAACCUUCACCUCAGCCAAAUUCACUCAGUUAGGUUCCAAUACUAGGUACAAUCUGCCUCUUACUCCAAAGCUGCUCCAGUUGUACUUCUAAUUGCUUGGACCGUUUAGCUGGUUUUAAAAACCCACUUGUGCAACCUUACUUUGGUAAAAAUAUUUGGAUAGAACUUCUGAUCGAAACCAGAGAUGAAUAGUGUUAAUAUACAGCUCUCUGCUGUCCCCUUUAACAUUCUCUGUUUUUUACCUAAACUUCCCUCCUCAUCUGACUCCCAUCACAAACAGUUUCACUGUCAAGAACCUCUAGCCUACUGGAGUCUAUUUUUCCAAGACCAAUCACAAUGAAUUUACCUGAUCCAGACCCUGUCUAUAAAUACCUUCUCUCCACUUUCAGAACCUGUUACUAAGCAGCUACCACUGAACAGGUUUGCCAAACAUAGCAGCACAAGGCCUUGAACUCUGGCAUCAACAGAGGUCAAAGAAAUAUUAAAGCACAAAACACAGACUACCAGACAUACACACAGUAUUUCUAUACACACAUCUACCCUGACGCUGCAAAGCAGUUUUUGCACCUCAUCCAGACAAGUACUAGUAAUGCUUGCAAUGUUAGCAGCCUCUCCCGGGUUAGAGCAUGGUGAUUUAUUUGUAUUCAACCUGUAAAGUGUCUGAGACAGGGGAAGAGUAGGAAAGUGCAACAGGAAACUUUUUUAGCCAUUGUGCUCUUCUUUCUUUCUGCACCUUUGGCCCACAAACCAUUUUUCCCAUCACAAUUCAUAUAAAUUCAGUCUCCCUUUACUUGCCUUCCCAUGUCAAGUCUUAAUGCAUACAGCUCUUCCAGCAGCAGUGCUAGACCCCAGGGUUUUUAGCAUGUAGAGUGUAUAACUGAAGUCUGGCUUUCUCAGAAGCAAUGUGCACAUUUAAAUAGUGCUAUUACCAUCCAACCUGUUCCUUCUCUCAAUCACGUAGAAAAACCCUUUCUUUGUCUUGUGAUUUUUUCCAUUCAGAGUAGGAUUUUAAUUGCUAUCAGGUCCCUCCCAUCCUUUCCUGGUAAUCUGACAUGCUCUUGCUCUUAAAAAUAGAAAAGCAUCCUAAUGCAUCUGAAAUUUUCUAUCUGGUUUUAGUGACAGAACACAGAUUAUAAGCUCUUAAAUUCCAGUACCUCUUUAUUGGUAACAUUUUAAACCACAUAAUUUGUACAGAUGUUUUAGUUGCUGACUCUUAAUAAAAUCAUACGAGUCGUAGGAUAAUGCAAUAAGUUGUAGGUUGCAAGGAAAUAUGAAACUUGAUUUUGUGCUCAGAUCAGUACCAUAUCCCACUAACUACGUCAAAAUCAGAAAUGUAAGACUUGGAAGGGAGCUGGUAGAAUAGGCCUUGGUUUACAGUACAGUCCUAACCAUGUCUGCUGAAAAUUGGCUUAUUGAAUUUCCUGGGAUUUACUCCCAGUUAAGUGGGGUUGGGAUUGCAGCCUUAAUUUCCUAAUUAUGUACAAAUCAUAGAGUUGUAUUCGACUAACCCAUACUCAGUCAUGAUUUCAAUGGAUCUGUGCUGCGUAUGAGUUAUUUGGAUAUAACCCUUAAUUUGCAAGUCUGCACUAAAAAAAAAUGCAGGACCUAAUAUGUACUAGAAGCUGUUUUGAGAAGUUAAUUCAAAUUUGACCAUAAAGGCUGCCUCCACCAUUUUCUUGAAAUUAUAGUAUCAAUCUUCUGUUGGGAUCAAACAGACCCCCUGGUCAUAGUAUGCUAUUGCUAGGCCUGUCUGAGUAGUGUCUGUCUGACAACAAAAUGUGCUUGCCAGAUGGCUAUAUUGUACCCACCAACCUACCCCUGCUCCAUCUUGAUCGCUUUCCAUUUUGACAAGUGAUCAGUUUCGGUACUUUAGAUAGGCACCCAUUCAACUUAAUUGGGUAAGCUAUGAGUAGCAACAUUUUAAGAACUGUUUGGUAACCCUGCUGUGUCCCAUGAAGCAAGCACAUAGUAAGAGAGACAGUUCUGUAGUACUGGUUGAAGAAAGUGGGAAUGGUGUCCAAUACAUUAGGGAGAAAAAGAUCAGUCCAUGAAGGAGCACAAGCAGAAAGAUCCUGUGUUGUUGUGAUGCAGCGUUAGCAAAUAGCUGGGCAGGUUAGUGUUUUGCUUUUGUAGUGGACUGUAGACAUAGGGAGACAGCUGAAGGUCAGAGUGUCAGUAACAUCCUUUUUGAAAUAUUGGGGUUAAGAGUGAUGGAGUUGUAUACUCCAUCUUACACCCACAUAUCAGGCCACAUCCUGCUAAACCAUGGGCUCGUCCACUCCCUUCUCCUCCACUUGCUGGGGAAAUGACUUUUGGUGUCCUUUAAACAUGGCUGCUUGUUGAGUCUGAACUGAGGGUGAUAAUUUAACACUAACAUAGUCAGUUUUAAAACAAGCCAAUGUCAAACCAUCGUUUCUGAAGCUGGCUUGUUGAAAAUAAGCAUUGGAUAAACCAGGAUCCCCAGUUGUAUGUAUUUAAAGGAAGUCAAAAGUAAAAAUUUCCAAAGUCUUUGUUCUAGCCACACAAGAUAUAAGAGGGUGCAAUGAACAAGCCCAAGGCUUCCUGCAGCUCAUAAAUAUUGUACUAAUCCAUUAUUUAGCUUUAUAUGCAAACUGUGCCACAGUAAUUCAAUUGCAGGGAAUCUACAUUAUUAUUUCUAAAUUGCUUAACUAAUAAAAAACAAGUUUAAAAUGCAAAAGUAGCUUUCUUGGUUUGCUUUUAUCAGUCUGAAGUGUCAAAUGGGGAACAUUUUUAGAUGUAACAACAGAAAAUUUCUCUAAUGUAGGCCAGCAAUAUAGUUUUAAUUUGCAUGCUGCUCAUAAUGCCACAGCAAAUACUUUUCUUUCCAUGUGCUUAGACUGAACUGGAGAUGGGGCAGGUUGCCUUGUCCUUUUAAUCAAAAUGAGACCUCUCACUUGUAAAUGUAUGGUUGCUUAUUGAGGCAUGGGUGUGAAAAGAAUGCUUCAGUAAUGUUGGUUUCUAUGAUAGAUGCUUUUGCCACGUCUGAAUAGUAGGUCUCUGUUGAAUGCAGCUGCUUUAGACUGAGGUCUGUGGUUCAUCCCAUCCCCCUCCUUGUAAGUGCUUUUAUGUUACUAGCUCCAGAGGGCUGCAAAAUUAAGCACAUUGUAAGUCAUUCUGUCUUCACUGUCACUCUAAUACUGCCCUUGUCUUUCACAGUGACCUUGAACCUGAAUGGUUAGAUAGCGUACAGAAAAAUGGAGAAUUAUUCUAUCUAGAGCUGAGUGAAGAUGAGGAAGAAACUCUCCUUCCGGACACCUCUCUGGAUAUGCCUGUGGUGAACCGUGUCAGGUUUUGUGAAAAUGAAGCUGAGGUUAUUCGUGAGCGAUCUCAAAAAGAUAGAAAGAGUGAACACAGACUGGAAAAGUUCACUAAAAUAUUGAAAUAUAAAAGGUUUUUAUCAAAACAUUCUAGUAAGAAGAUGUCAAGUGACAAGUGCGAUGUUCGUGCCUCUGGCCCAGCAUCCAUACUGAAACACCAUUCUGGUCAGAGGGUGGAGGAUGUCGCCCAGCAAUGGUACAAAGAUGUCUGCCUUUAUGUAAAUCCGAAGAGGCUAUCAAAUGCUGAGACAGGAGAGCAGUUCAAGCUUCUGGAAUCAUUAAUAGGGAUUAUCCAUCAAUCUCCAUGGAGAAAAACUGAAAAACAUAAUCACAGUAUUGAAUCUAGAAGUGCCAAUGAAGAGAAACUCGUAGUACAUGGUUUGAUACCAGGAAGCUCAGCAAUAAAGUCUGGUCACAUCUUGAUUGGUAAGUGUCACAAUUUAUGCAUUUCUGGCCAUGCAACCCAGUAUUGUGGGAGGUGAAAGGGUUACCUAUUUCAGUCCAAGUGACAACUUUUUAAUUGGUUGGCAUGGUCGUAGUCUUGCCAUGGAUCGAGGAAUCUCUGCUCUCUUUUGACAAUAGACUUGUCCCUGCGGCAUGUGCAGGCAGCAACCAUAUUGUGCAAGGGUUCCGUUACUGGCCCCCAUGUGCAUCGGCAGAGCAGGCAUAAGCGCACUCUGAACUGCCCUCUUCCAGGUCUAAAAGGACCUGCGUGUCGGCAAUCACGUGUCAACUGGGCACACCUAAAAUGGUUGUUGCCUGUAAGUAAGUAUGGGGGGGGGGGGUCGGUCACAGUUUGAAUAUUUUUCCUAAUUUCAAUGUAAAACAUCUCCAAUAGAAUACCUCUCUGGGUUCCAAUAUUAUUUUUCUUCCCUGAGCAAGCAUGUUGUGGUAGCUUUAAAGCACACAUACUCAUCCAGUAAACACUGUUCCUUUAAAAAGAAUUACAUGCAAACACGCACAAUGUUAAGAUUUCCUUUUGUGUACGUAUCCUUUUAAUUCCUUGAAUGGCACUUCUGCUUUUGGUUAUGCUGGUAUUAUGUAAUACCUAAUCUCAUUAAUGUUAGCAGAAAUUAAAUCCAUUAUGAAUGCUACUGAGUGAUUAUGAACUUUACAUUUAUGGAAGGUUCAUUUAGGCAUAUGGCAACUUGGAAAAAUGGCAAUGAAGAAUUAAAACUUUUUUUUUUCCCAAAAGCAUAUUAGCAUUGAACAAAAGCAUAUUUGCAGUAUCCCAAGCUAUCAACUGCUAUUUUAUAUUAUGUUCUGUUUUUGUUUCUAUCAUACUUCAGUCCUUUGGCUUUGAACUGGUAAGUGAGCUGCAUCUUCUGCCAACUCAUAUCCAGAUAUAUAAUUUCCUUAUAAAGUACUUUAAAAUUAUAGAUGUGCAGUGAACACUGGGUACUUUUAGAUCUAAAUGUGGCAUACAGCAAAAUGUGUAUGUUACAAAUUUUGUUAUAGUUGGCUGAAAUAACUUGUAAUUAAGCACAAAUACAUUGCUUUUUCGUCAAAUGUCUUGAUCAAAUUUUGCUUUUUUGGCAAAAGAAAUAUGUUAGUGUAGCGUAUUUAGAACUAGAAAAGUUUUUAACGAACUGUACAUCUCGCUUUUAAAAUGAACACUUAGCUUUAAUUUUAAGACACUGAUGUGAUCGCAAAGUUUUAUAAAAAGAAGCAAACAUACAAAAACCCCACUUACUUUGAAACUUUAAAUUCUCUACCAUGUUGUUUCAGGAAUAAGUCGGAAUAGGACCUGAGUGGAAUCCAAAAAUGGAAGUAGGCAUGGAUACGUAGGAGAAAAUCAUGCAACCAGAUGGUGUUUUGUUUUGUGUGUUUCCACAGCAGUUGUUACUGCCAAAGAAACAAGCUGUUUGUUAAACUGGACAGCUUAAAAUGAAGGUGAUAUUAUGCUGCAUGCCCAGGCUUCCUCAACCUCAGCCCUCCAGAUGAAUUGAGACUACAAUUCCCACCAUCCCUAACCACUGGUCCUGCUAGCUAGGGAUCAUGGGAGGUGUAGGCCAAAAACAUCUGGAGGCUGAGGUUGAGGAAGCUUGCUGUAUGCCUCUGUGCUAAAACUCUUAAAAGAACACCAAUCCUGCCUGACCUACCAGCAGGACAGAUACCCUUGUAAUGAUACAGGGUCCAUAAUAAAAUAGCUAUGAACAUAAUGAAACUUGGUCUGCUAUGGGUAAAGAGUUAGCCUGGAGCAGUAAUCUAGCAUAGUGUUUGUUGGGAAAUGGCAACACUUCGUUGCAUUUGCCAUCUCGCUAGCUGGGGUUCUGCCAAUAAACCCUUUCGUGUAUUUGUAACCUGAAUUAUUCCUUUUCUUUAUUCUUGUUUCUUUCUUCCCUUACCUGAACGGUAGGUUAAACUAUAUUUCCUGGCCUUCAUUCAGCUAAAAUUAGUUGUGGUUAUAUUCUGCUGAAAGCAGCAGGACUUACUCAGAACUAACCUUAGCUGGAUCAGGGCCUACAUCAUUCUCAUUUAUUGCCUCCAUACAGCUUUCUAAGAUGGGCUAGGCAAGGCUUUCUCAAGAUUAUCCAGUGAACCUCGUGGAAGUCAUUCCCUAACCACAAUGUGACAUUGACUAAUUACAACAUUCAUACAUGGAAAUCCGUGUAUUUGUUUAGCCAUCUUUAGUAAGAAUAUUUGGUAGCUAUCAUCAUAACUGGUAAGAUUUGUUAGCAUAUAAAGUGGCACUGUAGAAUUCAUAAGUCAACCAACAUCUAAACAGUUUUUUAUUAUAGAAUCGCUUUACCUCAAAUGUGCCCACUUGGCUGCUUCAGUCUGUGGGUUGCCACACAGUAGUUCCACACUUAUAAGAAAUCGUUCUUUUAGUGUGGCAGCACCUACACUUAAGAACCCUCUGUCUCCUGACACCAGACAGGCACUUUGGCGUAUUCUUUUUGGUGCUGGCUUAAAACAUUUUUGUUUAGGCCAGCAUAUCCAAACACAUUGAUGUUGAAAUGUUUUCAGUUUCUUUACUGUUGAUUUUAAUUGUUUUUGAAUGUUUCCAAUUACUUGUUUUUAUUUAUAAUUUUAAUAUUUAUCAUAAACCACUUGGAGCUUUUGUUACUAUCAAGCAGUGUAUGCGUUUUGUUAAAUAAAUACAAAUAAGUAAAUUUUGAGAAGACCGCUAUUUAAGACAGCUGUCUGAAAUUUGCGUGGCAUAUUUCUGUUGUGCACCUUAUAUAUGAAUCUAUUUCUGUACCUUAUUAAAGGGGCAUGGGAGUGCCCUUUUACUUAAGUAAGAAAAACAAUGGCCUGCAAUUAUAAGCCUUAAAAUUCUUGAGCUUGCAUAUAUGGGCUAUCUGAUGAGGUCCGUGAAAGUGCCAAAUUUCAAACUGAUCUGAUUUUUUAAAAAUGCCACAGGUGCAGCUGAUUUUAAAGUACUGAAAAUUGAUAUUUCUUUCUCCCUUUUUCUGAUUUUUGACCAAGUGUGUCAUCCCCGCCCCCCAUUUUUAAGAAAACUAUUGAGGUUCUUUAUUCAGGCUUUAUUUGUGAUCUAAAAACAGCAGUUUAAAAUCAUUGCCGAUACAGUGUGAAGUGGAUAAGUAUUCUUGCUUGCCCAGCUUUCUUUCAAAGAGCUUAUGCUAGUACAGGCCUAACUUCUAAAGCAUGCCAAGGAAUUCUAAACUCAUUUUUUCACUUUUUGUUUAUUGCCUGCCAUCCAACAUUUCCCCCCAUUAAUUUUUCUGUAUUCCAAGUAAGACACCUGGCAUAUUAACCAGGUGGGUGAAGAGGCUUGGAGCUACAAGAGCCUUAACAAGAGGCGAGAUUGUGAGUUUUCAGUGAAAAUUGGCAUCCCUUACAACUUCUGUCAUCAUGACAUUUUUGAGCAGCUUACUCCUGCAAUGCAUUAUUAUGAAGGAAUUGCCUAAAGAAAAGGUAAUAACGGUGAUACUCUGGUGGCUAGAUUUUAGGUAUUCAGUUUCUAUGCAGCCACAAUGGAAAAUUUUAAUGUUACAGCUGCAGGAACAAAAUAAAUAAAAAUGGAAUCCCACAGCUGAGUACAGGAAACUUUAUUUCCGUAUUUUUUCCUCUCUAGUUUUUGAGAUAUUAGUUUGAUUGAUUAGUGGUAAUUUCUCUUCAGGGAAUCUUUUUUGGGUGGGGAGGUGCUGUGGGCAGGGGUAACAAUUUAGCUUAGUGGUAACAAAAUUGACAUGGUUCAGGCUGAUGAACCAUGGUUUGUCUGGCAUAGAAGCCAAUCAGAGAUGUAAGUGAGGAGAGCCCACAGCAGUCAGAAGGCUUUUUCCAAAAGAAAGUUUAGAAAGAAGACAAGAUGAUGUCAUAUUGGCCACUUGUCACUGAUACUCACUAUUGAUUUAUAUAAAGCAUUUUUAUGCUGCUCAUCAGCCAAAAUUGAUUCCUAGAGCAGUUUACAAAUUUCAUUAAUAAUAAUAAUUUUAUUUAUACCCCGCCCAUCUGUCUGGGUUUCCCCAGCUACUCUGGGCAGCUCCCAACAGAAUUAAUGAUAAUAAUAAUUUUUAAAAUGAUAAAACAUCAGACAUUAAAAACUUCCCUAAACAGGGCUGAUUAGACUCAGAUGUAUAAUCUAAAAAGACAUGGCAGUAAAGGGAAACGGUUUGGAGGAGAUGAGUGGGGGGAAGCAAACUCAAAGUUUUUUCAGUUGUAAUGGCUGACUGAAAUGGAAAAAUUUCAAGGAGAGAAGGCUCAAGAAGUUGCUGGUCUUUCUACAGAGCAGGUGAAGAGGUUCUGCAGUCCCAGCUCUCUUUCCCUCCUAUAUUAGCCUUUGGCUAAUCUAUUGCCUUUUAAACUGUGGGGUGGUGUUCUGUUUAUGGUGGCGGAGAAAUUUUAUAAUCAUCAUCAUCGUUGUCUAAUGGAAUGGCUGCUGAUGAGGGAGAAGCCUGACAGAGCUAAUCUUCCAGCAAACCCAUGGGGACACUCUACAAUCCCAUCUCUCUCCCUUCCAGCGUGUUGGGGGGGGGAGCAGGCUGUCUGAUUUGAAUUUACAGUGGUGUCUCGCAAGACGAAAUUAAUUUGUUCCGCGAGUUUUGUCGUCUUGCAAUUUUUUUCGUCUUGCGAAGCAUGGUGUCGGGAAAGUUUUGGAAAAGCUUCAAAAAUCACCAAAGUCUUUAAAAACCUCAAAAAAGGCUACCACACCGCGUUCUAUGAGUUGCUCCUCGAAGUCAAGUCGCAAUUGUAUUAACGGUGUUAAGAAAAAGGAAACAAACUUGCAAGACGUUUCCGUUUCGCGAAGCAAGCCCAUAGGAAAAAUCGUCUUGCGAAGCAGCUCAAAAAACAAAAAACCCUUUCGUCUAGCGAGUUUUUUGUCUUGCGAGGCAUUCGUCUUGCGAGGUACCACUGUAGUAGAAAUAGAUGUGUGCCUGCUGGGCAAAUAGAGAAAUGCAAAAGUUGAGCUGGAUGCUGUCUCAAGGAGAAACUUGCUGUCGCCAUAUAGCAACUUGCUUGAUGCUGAGGAACCUAGAAUUGGUACGUUCAGACAUGGCAGUGCUCUUCCUUCUCAGUUGUGUUAGCACACAUACUAUUCUGAAGAAUUCCUCUGUUGCUUCCAGUGAUGACUGUGUAAUUAGAUUAGGAAUGUGAUUGACAGAUGAAUUCAAGAGUCAGUCAGACUUCUAUAUAAACUUCUGCUAAGCAGGCAGAAUAAGAAAAUGUUAUUUGAGGGGAACCGGAAGUUGUUGUUUUUUACACUGGGCCUUCCAAGAAUUACUUUACAUCGGGGUGGGAAACCUUCGGCCUGUGGGCCAAAUUAACCCUCAGUGUUCAGUAGUAGCUUAACCAAUUCUUAACAGAAAAACUUCUGUGCCAUACUUUCUUAUAAAAAAAUGUGUUCUUUUCUUGUUCUGCUUGCCUGCUGCUAUUUUAAUCUUAUUUUUUUGUUUCAACUUUCAGGAGAUGUUCUUGUCGCAGUAAAUGAUGUUGAGGUAAACUCUGAAAAUAUAGAAAGGGUUUUGUCUUGCAUUCCUGGUCCUAUGCAGGUAUACUAUACUCAGUUUUAAAAAAAUUAAUGUUUUAAGAAAAACAUACAAACUUGAAGUCUGCGUUUUUACAUGUAAUUUAUACAAGUACAUUUCUCUAUAAAAUUCAGCCUCCCCUCAAAAUAUAUCCCUUUGUUUCGGAGUGUGGGGGAGUUGGGGGAGGGAGAAGCAUGUAAUUCCACCCCAAGGGCAAAGUCAUACUUGGAAUAGACCAUUGAAAUCAAUAGACAUAAAUCCAUUGAUUUCAAUCUGUCUAACUAACAUUGAAUAUCACCCUUUGUCUUUUGACCUUGGAUAAGAGAUGGUAUUAUGCCUGAACUUGUUAGUUAAAACUAAUGUUAAACAUUGGAUGGUAUCCAGUGAGAAUCUAGUUCACUGGCUGCUUUUAGCCAGACUCAGAGUUGCUGUAGUUACUGCAGUAUGCUGGCAUUUGAACAGGAAUAGGCAAUUUUGUUUAGUGAAUUCCCUGUCCAUUUAUUAGUAGAGCGUUGAUUUGCAUGAUGCUCAAACAUUCCAGACAAAACCUUUCAUAGCAGAUGGCUGCUAUGAAUUAAAUGCUUCCUGCAUUUCUAAAGCUAUUGGAUAGUAUUCAAUAGAAAUAUUUUAUUGCUUCUCACAUAGGUUUCCCAAAAUGCUGUAUUAUAUUUCGCUUGUUCCUCAUGUACUGAACAAGCUGAGCCAAAAGAGAAGCAGGAUCACUGAAAGCAAACCUCUGGAGAGCUUUAACUUGGAUGCUUUGCAAUUGAAAUUAAUUCUUAUACUGUAGCAGAAAUUGACUAUUUUUCAGGCUAAUGCUAAAAACUUCUGAAUAAACCAAACACUUGUGCUGUAUUGUGAAACCUGCUCACUGUCACACUUUGGGAUUAAGUUCAAAAGCAAUUUAAAGGACUGGUCUUCACCUAGCAGGUACAAGCUGUUAAAUUAUUUUAACUCUUACAAUAGGUGAAGCUUACGUUUGAAACAACAUUCUUUGAGUCAAAAGAUGCAUCCCAACAAAGAUGUAAGCAGACGCAAUCCUCCAUGAAUAAUCUGCUCAAAGUGUUGUGGAGAGACCAUUACAAUGACCCACAGUUCUCUAUCCAAAGUAUACCACAUAUUAUUAUGUACCUCUCACUCAAACUGGAUUCUGAUACAUCUAAGGAUGAGGUAUGUAUUCUUAACAUAAAGAAUUUUGAAACCCAUUACUAAUACUGAACUACAGUAAUAGCAAUAAAGAAAUAUAAUACUCAGAACCGUGUGUGAAUUUCUGCUGUGUUUUUUUUUAACAUAGCAACUUUCUAGUUUUUAGUGCUGUGAAAAAAUGUUUUAAAAUGUUUUAGCAGGGGCAACUGAUACCUUGUACCCAGAAAAACUGCUGAAGGAAAUUAAUCUGCAAGGAAAUCACUGUUGCAGCUAGUUUUAAUCUUGUCUUGCACUAUUAAUAUGAAUGUUACAUGCCAUUGUUUCAGCUUGGUGUACCUGAGCUUGCUUCAUCUUUAUAUGAUGUGUGUGCCUUAACAGAGCAAGUGCUGCCCACACCAUUAGAAUUUUAGUGGUCAUCUAAACCAAGGACUCGGGCUUCAUAAGCUCUUUCUGGUAUGCAAAUUCUGAAGUUUUCAUAAGAUAGCUCCUGAUUUGAUACCAUGAAUUUGAAUGAGUUUCAUAGAAGCUACGGUUUUUUGUUUACCACAGAGCAGCAGACUAUUAUCUCCUUUCCCUGAGAAAAGACACUCUUCAACAAAGGGUGCUUUUUUAGAGUCCAGUUCUUGGAGGCUCUUGCAGCCUUUCAGCUGCACAGUUCUGUGUCAAGAAUUCCAUUCAGUGCUCUCAUAAUGCCCAAGCUCUGUUGAUUGGAGGAAAAGUACAUUACAUUAGAAACAACCAAAAUUAAAAUGUAAUUUAUUUACUGUCAAACUAGUUAAUAGAACACUGUUCUGUUUAGAAAGAAACACUGCGUUUACAACUACAAUUUCUUUUAUUUUAUUAAGUCCAUUAUCCCUGGCUUUUGUACCCAUUAAAAUCUCAAGACUCCUUUCAGUUUGUUUUGAAGAUGCCUAAUCUGGUGCAGCAAUACGUGUUAGACCUUACCAACACUUAAUAUUUAGAAGCGAAGCUGCUGCUAAAUUCUUUGUUUUGCAUUUUCUUUUCUUUCCCUGGGAUAGAGUAUAGAUAUUUCAUAGAUGAACCUUGUAAAAGUAUUUUUGUUCAUUAAAAAGGAAUAAGGUUUUUUUCUCCGUUUUGUGCAUUGCGAUAAAAAGACAAGCCCAUUUCCCCCCCUUGUUGAGACAGAUUGAUGCAUAAUAAUAUCCUUGUUAGUUGGGCAUUUUAAAGACAGAUAAUUAAACUCAAUGAAAGUGGCACAGACUUGCCAGUUCUCUCAGUUGUGAGAUUGAAGGUCCUUUUUAAUAGUUUGAAAAGAACAAUUUCCCAACAGGGUUUUGGUACUGCCUAGAAAGAAAAAGGGAAAGAGCCUCCAGGACACAGUUAAAUUAGUUAAGAAUAAUAAUUAAGGUUGCAAUUCUAAACGAGCUUACUAGGACACAGUGGGACUAACUUCCAAGUAAAUAUGCCUAAAAUUGACUUUUAAAUCUGAAUCUUGAGUCUUGUUUUAAAAGGUUUAGAUAAUUAUGCAAUGGUAUCCUGAAACAGGUGACAUCAUAUUUCAGUUUAUUUCAGACUAGUGUUGAAUAUCACCCACAAAAUUAAGCAUUACAACUCAUACAUACAGUAAUUGUAAUUGUAAGAAAACAAAAUAGAACUAUCUAUUGAUAGUAUAUGCUUUUCACAGAGAUAUUUUUAAAGCAACAUUAUCUGCAGUUUUUCAUGUAGGAGAUUGGGGGGGGCUGCUAAAACCUGCUAAAAUAUAAUUCAUCAAUCAUUCUUUCUUAACUGAUACACAAACUGGCAUUUUUUGGCAGCAAGAAAUUCUUUACCAAUAUCCCAUAUCAGAAGCUUCCCAAAAAAUGAAAAGUGUAAGAGGAAUAUUUCUUACGCUGUGUGACAUACUGGAAAACAUGACAGGAACACAUAUAAUCAGGUCAGAGUCCUUUAUUUCCUUCCUUUUUCUCUCCUUUGCCUUGUGGGCACAAAUUUUAUAGAUAUACUAGUUUUACAUCAGUAAUGUUUAACUGUCUCAUAUAAAUUAUGCUGCUUGUGGAAUUUGCAAAUAAAGAAAUAAUAAAACAUUGACUGAAAAAAUAAAUCAUAUAACUUUGUAGCCAAAAACAUCCACAUUACCAAUCAGGAAAAAGAAACUUGAAUUGUUAUUGGUGAUGAUAGAGUUCACCCCCCUCUAUCCAACCUUCCCCCUAAUUAUAAGCUCAAAAUCACAGAAUUAACCAUUUUACUAUGUAGCCACUAUGGCCAGCUAAUCAGAGUUAUGGGGCAAGGUAUUCUAGCCUAUAUAUUUCUUUAUAAGCUGCUUUCAUGAUAAAUUGUUCCCUUGUGUGCUGAUGUUUUGUAGUUCAUCAAUGUUUUUAUGUGGAAAACUGAUCCAUGUCGCUUACUGGAAGGAAUCGGAUAAUCUCCUUGUAAUUGGCCUUCCAGCUGAAAGGUAAAUUUGUGAGAUAUUUUUUCUAAGUGACAUUUUUAAAUGGUGGUGGUGGUGGUAAUGUCUAAAAUAAGCCACUAGCUCUCUUAUAUUGUUGCUGGAUAAUGUAGAUAGUUUCUGACAUUAUGUAACAGCUGGUAAUCCUAAAUUCAGAGCUAGCAUUCAAUUACUUUCAGUGACACUUAGUUUCAACUAAUUACCUUUUCCUGGAUUGUGCUCAUUUUGUCAUUCAGCUGUAUCUGUAUUCAUUGUAUUAUGUUAGCACAAUUCUUAGAGGAGUUGUUUUGGUUUUACAGUGUCCCUCUCUCUCAGCUAAGGAACAUGAUUGCAGAUGUUGUCCGGACUUUGAAAUUUAUGUAUGGCUCUCUGGACAGGUAAAAUACUCCUAAAUAUACACUGUUUUGUAAUUACUAAUCCUUUUGCAAAUUUGGGAUUUGGAUAUGAUGUUGUGUUGCUUGAAACCUGAUUUCAGGAGAAUUUUCAUUUGGAUCACAAAUCCCUGUCCCUUUAUUUGCAAACUUGCAGUUCCAAAAUGAUUUGCCUUGAAGCGGCAUAGUGAGAAACUCAAUUUCAAAGCUUUAUUGUGUACAGAACUAGCUGGGCAGUUUAAGGCUAUGUGUAAUUUAUGUGUUUCUUUGACAUAAUUUGCUAAAGGUUAUCCUACUUCAUUUCUCAGUGACAGAAUUAAUUUUGCGUUCUGAGCAUCAUAACUUACUCAUAUUUCACAUUACUUUCCAGAUGCCACUUAAUAAUAAUAAUAAUCAUAAACUGGAAUGAAAGACAUUCCAUGCUUGUUUAAGUUCUUGCAUAUGCCCUGUGACAUUGUUUGAACUUUCUUUGAACAGUACGUCCCCAUUCCAUAGCUCAAACUUCAUUUGAAUGUUUCACUAUGUGGCCUAGGGAGAUCCUCUUAGAAAAGCACAAGUCCCAAAGUUGUUUGGAUACUGUAACCAUAGAAAAGCUGCUGCAGGGGGUGAGGCCAAAGGAGUGUACAUUUUUCAUAUUUUGGCUAGUAAAAAUCACCUGCUUCUGGGCUUGAGGAUUAUAUUUUCAACCAGGAGCUCUUCCAAGCCUAACUCCCUCCUACCCUAGGCAGGUAUCAUAGAUGCGCAGAACUUGUUGUAUGGUUCUUUGGAUCACAGUCAAUGUCUAAAACAUUGUAAAAUAUGUUCCCCAGUAAAAUUUUAGAAAACAUUUUAUUCACUUCUUAUAUUUCAACUAUUAAUAUACCUCUUAAUUGUCAAACUUCCUUAAGUGGUAUUUUUUCCCAUUAGACAUUAUGUGUCAUUGUCUUCAAAGAUUUAAUUUUAGUUGUAAUUUAAGUGUUUACAUGAAGGCUAAAAUAAUGUGUGUGAAAUGCUGAAAUGUGCAUAACUGAAAUUUCCUCCAGUUCCUUUCCUUUUUAUACCUUUUGAAUCUCAUGCUCUAAACAGCAUAGUUAAUGGUUUGCCAUGAAUGCCCCAAUCCCAUCCACUUUUCUCCUUGCUGUAUAUUAUAUAUCUAAGUUAGAGUUUUAACUGUGAAUUAUCAUGACAUGCAAACAACGCUAUUGAAGUUCAAAUAGCAUGAAAGGGGAAAUUAUGGUUUGCUGUCUUGUGCUUCCUUCUGCCUUCCAGAAAGUUAAGUCAAAUUGUGGUAUCCUGCCAUAAAACAAUUUCUGCUGUGCACACAGGUUAAGGAAGGACAUUUCUUGUUGUUCUAAAUUUUGCUUUAUGUUUGUUCAGUGCUUUUUGUCACGUAGGAAAUGUUUCUCGGUUGGAUCACUUUUUCAACCUGUUCUUCCAGCAAGCCCUUCACCCUGUCAGACUCCGCUCAUGUACCAGUCCUAGUUCUCAACACUAUGAUAACUGCAGUGCAUUGCUUUUAUACAACUUUCCAGGAGUGCGGUGGUUGUGCCUUCCACAAGAAAUCAAGGUAACCCUGACCACAGCUUUUUAGAGAAUUAUUAACAGAUGAGAACCCAAGGUUGAAGAACCCAAGGUGCAUAGAGAAAUCUUCAUAUAUUACACAUAUUAUAAGGCACAACUCUUGCCUAAAACGGUGUGUUCUCACUCUCAGGCUCAAAUUGAGUGGGGGGUAAGAGGGGGCACAUGCCUUCGAAAGAUGAUUAGGGGAGUGGCAAAACAGCAUCUUAUCAUGACAAACCCACGACAUGGGAGAUAAGAGGAGAGAGGAGCAACAGCUGAAGCACAAGCUCAUUCAUUCCUUAUGGUCCAGCCAGGUUCUGCUUAUUAUAAGAUGUGGGUGGUUGUCCACCCACCUUCUCUAUUAAGCACAACCCAGCCAGAAUGUAAGGGAUCACUCGCUGAGCAUGUACACCUUUCUCGCUGAGCAUGUACACUCAUCAGCUUAACUUCUCCUCUUUUACAUUCCUGCUGGACCAGCAAGAACGUAAAGGAGAAGUCAGGCCCUGAUGUGGUAUGCCUGACAGUUUUGCUUAUUAGAAGAGGUGAGUGGCCAUAGAAAGGCCUGCCGCCUCACCCACCCCGGGAAGAGGAAGGUAAGAAGCCAGAACAUGAACGUAAGGCUUCCUUUUUGCAGCAGCAGGGGAGGGACAAAGGCUCCUGCUGCUGCCACUGAGAGAAGGGCAGCUCUAAAGAAAUGUGUAGCUCAGAAGAUAUUUGGGCUUGUAUUUCUGAAUACUUAGCCCUGUGAAGUGAAUGCACUAAUAAUUAUUUAAUAAUUAUUUAAAAGGUCGCUAUGCACAACUCAGUUCCCAUAAUAUUGUCUGUUAAAAGCAUACCCCUUCUCUAGGUUUUGGAGUGAUACAAUUGUAGUGCGAAUUUUUAUAUUUUUGAUAGAUUCAGUUAAAAGAGUAAUUUUGCCGUAAAAGUUACUUAUCCCAUUAUUAAGUGGAAGGCUAGCAGCAGUUUCAAAAAAAAAAAAAUCCCACAAACUGAGAAAAAUUGAUUGCCUACAUGGGACAGGAAGUGUUUUCAGUUGGAGAUUAGGAAGAACAGAGAAACUAACUAUUUGAACACCCAACUGUGUAGCUGGCAAUUCUGGCAGUACUGGUUUAAACCUAAUUUUUCUCACUAAGAUAUCUUGUUCACAUACUCUGCUGGAAGUGCUUUCUUACAAAUUAAGCUCUUUUCACUGUGGAACAUAUUUUUGGCUGGUACCUUAUGGAAUGAUUAUGAAGAUCUAUAAAUAAAAGGUUUUCUUAAUGAAACUUACUGUAAUGCACCAGAUCCUGAAGUGUGCAAGUUUAACACUUCUUGGGUGAAACAAUGGUAAUGUAUGAGAAUGUUUUGGAAAAUUUCCAUAGAGACAAAAACUAAAUCCUGAGUGAAAAACAUUUUUUCUAAUAACUCAGCUGGAUACUAAAGCUUUGCCAGUUUUCAAGGGAACUUCAGGCCUUGUUUUAAUCCAUGAAAAUAGUGAGAUUGGCAUGUCUAUUAUAUUAAACAGUGGGUUUAGGAGACUGAGAGAGAAUAUUUUUCUUUCAAUUCUGAAGGGGGACGUAUGCAACCACUGGGUGCUUUUCUUUCGGCCCUGAUUAUAGCAAUCUGCAAGAGUUUGGAACCUGAUUUUGCUCUGGUUCUGAAAUGCCAUAUGCAUCUGUUGGUGAUUCUGUACUGUGUACUAUUGUCUCAAUGCUGAGAGAUGCCAAGGAGGCUUCGUCAUUUAUUUGGAAUAAAUUUAAUGCUUUAAUGUUUUCAUUUGCUAAUGUUUUUCAGGUAGAAAUUGAUACAGCUCUGAGUGAGUUGGAGGCGGCAGACUUUGCAGAACUAGUAAGAACCUUUUUUUUUCUCUUUUUACACACUCUUUAGCCACAGUCAGGGGCACUGUUGGAAGCCCACUGAAACCCCUGUCACAGCAGGAAGACUCUGCCUGAGAUCUGCAGCCCCAUGGCCUAGUUCAUGGGUAGGCAAACUAAGGCCUGACAGCCGGAUCUGGCCCAGUCGCCUUCUAAAUCCAGCCUGCAGAUGGUCCAGGAAUCAGCGUGUUUUUACAUGAGUUGAAUGUGUCCUUUUAUUUAAAAUGCAUCUCUGGGUUAUUUGUGGGGCAUAGGGAUUCGUUCAUUUUUUUCCUUCAAAAUAUAGUCCGCCCCCCCCCCCCCCAAGGUCUGAGGGACAGUGGACUGGCCCCCUGCUGAAAAAGUUUGCUGACCCCUGGCCUAGCUGUUCCUUCUGGCGGCUUUCUUCCUCUGACUCAGAAGGAGAGGAUCAAAGGCCUGGAAACGAUGCCUUAUGAGGAACGGCUAAGGGAGCUAGGCAUGUUUAGCCUGGAGAAGAGGAGGUUAAGGGGUGAUAUGAUAGCCAUGUUCAAAUAUAUAAAAGGAUGUCACAUAGAGGAGGGAGAAGGGUUGUUUUCUGCUGCUCCAGAGAAGCGGACACGGAGCAAUGGAUCCAAACUACAAGAAAGAAGAUUCCACCUAAACAUUAGGAAGAACUUCCUGACAGUAAGAGCUGUUCGACAGUGGAAUUUGCUGCCAAGGAGUGUGGUGGAGUCUCCUUCUUUGGAGGUCUUUAAGCAGAGGCUUGACAACCAUAUGUCAGGAGUGCUCUGAUGGUGUUUCCUGCUUGGCAGGGUGUUGGACUCGAUGGCCCUUGUGGUCUCUUCCAACUCUAUGAUUCUAUGAGGAUCAGCCACCUCCCAUUUGUUCCCUUUCCUCUGGGCCCCAACCUGACUUGAAGGUAGAGAGAAAAGCAGGCAAGCAAUGGCUUCUGCUUUCCCUCACUGUCAUUGCCUUUGAGAGAGGGUGAUAUUCAAGAGCAGCCAGAGCCCAUGCUUGCUUGUCUCUCCCUUUGGACACCAAUGAGAUUUGAUGACAGCUAGCCAAUAUUGGAUCCACUGAGGGAAGGUGGGGGGAGGCUCUGUAGUGGGAUGCAGUGAAGUAUAUCUAUGUUUACUUAUCUGUAAGCCAUUAUAAACAGUACAGAAAAAAGAAAAUAUAAUUUUAAAAACUGAGGAUUAUUACAGCUAUCUGUUGUACAAUGGUUGCUGCAGAAUAUAUUACUAGUAAAUAGUAUGUGCCUGUGCUACAUAUACUGACAGAAGCUGUGUGUACGUGCUGUAAUCAUUGUGAUACGUUCUUUUGAGCUCUAGACAUAUUUUAUUAUUUCUGUCUAAUAAUAAAAUAUUGCAGUUUCUCCAGGAAACUUUAAAACUUGCUUCAGGGAACUUGAAUGUGCCAAAAAGUGAUUUAGUUACUCUGAAGUAAAUGUAAUAUGCGUUUAAUACUCAUUUUAAUUAAAGUAGAUCUGAUUUAGUAAAGUAAAUAUGUACAUCUGAUGCAUAAAGAAAACAAUUAUUCUAGCUCUUUCACUCACUUUCUCCCCUUGUGGCUUUUAUUCUAAACAUGAUUUCACAAGUUUUCAAGAAAUACUAUACAUAUGAAAGGCUAUGCUGUUUUGCUGUUUGUGCUGGAAGAAGUCCCUCUAGUGGCAAGAGCUGCAACUUUGAAAGCAAAAGAACUCUGUUCUGACAAAGAUAGCUUUUGAAAAUGAAUCUAAAUUGUAUUAUAUUAGUUAUAAUCAGCUUGACAAAAUUGCUGGUAAUUUUGUGACAAAUUAGAACUUCUGGAAAGAAGUUUCAAACUUCUUCAGUGUCUAUGUAUCACUGUUGGAAGACCUUUGCUGGCCAUUUAAAGAAAGUAUCCUGAGGAAUUAAAGUACUGUGUUGUAUAAUGCUCAAAUUGCUUAGCUGAAAUCUGAAAUGGUGCCUUAAUUGUUUUAUUUUACAGUCGGAAGAUUACUAUGACAUGAGACGACAGUAUACAAUUUUGGGCUCAUGUCUCUUCUACAAGGUAAGACAUCGAACCCUUACCAACAUACAGUCCCUGGGAUUCUUUGGGGGAAAUCAUGUGCUUUGAAUGUAUGGUAUGCAAUGCAGCCUAAGUCCAUGGAAGUGGGAAUAAUUUGAUAUGAAAAGGCAAAACUUUAUACUAGACCUCCAAGUCUCAGAGCUUUUAUGAAGUAAUGGCUUCAUCUUUUCAAAGUUCACCUUUGCAGCCUUUGGGGUUGGAGGUUUUGCCUUUAAAUAUAAUGAAAGCUGGAUUUCUUGGGAAUCCAGUGGAUUCAUUGCUUGGUUACAGGCAAUGUGGCAACAUUCCCUGGUUGCUAUGAUUUCUUUCGCAAAUAAAACCAAACCCUUGCAGGCAGAAAACUCUUUGAAUAAAGAAACUGGUUAUAUAUGAUAUCUUGAAUCUGUGCUGUCUCUUUGUUUUUAAUUCAGGGAUAUUUAAUUAGUAAUCACUUGCCAAAGGAGGAUUUGAUUGAUAUUGCAUUAUAUAGCAGGCAUUAUUGCCUCUUGCCCUUGGCAGCAGAACAGCGCAUUGGUCAGUUAGUAAUAUGGCGAGAAGUGUUUCCACAACAUCAUCUUCAGGCAUGUGAAGCAUCUUCUGAAGGGUAUGAAGAACCCAAAGCAAGAUACUUUUUACUCAUAGUUGGUCUGGUAAGUUUUGUGGGGUGUUUGGUACAUUUGCAGCUGUUUUUCUGUUAAAAUGCAUGCUCUAAUGAGCAUGUGCUAAAGUUCCAUAUAUGUCAUUUAUGAGCAUUUCCUGUCUGCUCAAGUUAUUUGAAAUAUAUUUUGUGUCAGGUCAGCAAAGGAGGUCCUGCUUCAAGUAACCCACAACACAUGCACACAUACUCCACUGAGCGGGGUAUUGACAUGAUACAAUACCCACUCAGUUGCAGUACUAUACCACUAGAAAAGUUUGGUUGCCACCAUCCCUGUCAUCGUAAAUCAUGUUUUUUUUUUAUGUCUGGUAGUUGCUUUGCUCUCUGAGUUCUGAGAUUUUGACUCUUGCUUGUUCUGGCUUUUCUGUAUACUUUUGAAUGUCACAGACAUUGAAAAAUGGAAUCCCACUAACAUUAUUGUUCCCUUUUUCUUUCAGAGGCACUUUAUGUUGAGUGUCUUGUUGGAAGCAGGAGGUUGUGCUUCCAAGGCCAUUGGAAAUCCGGGGCCAGAUUGCAUAUAUGUGGAUCAGGUCAAAGCAACUAUCCUUCAGUUGGAUGGACUAGAUCUCAGCAUAGAUGAGAGUUUGGAAUCACCCUCCACUCCACUGCUAUCCUGUGUAGACUGGUUCCUCCCUGCAUCGCGGGACAAACUGGAAAGCUUGACCAGCUUGUCUUUUCUCAACAAACUGCAGUACACAGCAGGCACUCCCGCAAGUAAAAAAGUGUCAUUUAGUGAUUCUUCCUUAAGGACACGUAAGCCUAGUCCCUUAAGAAAUAGUGGGAUGCCUGACAAUGAUAGCAACAGCCCUGAAGCUGGAAGUGGGAACCUUAAUACAAAUCCUGUGCAACUGAAAGGUCCUGGACGACUUGAUGGAAGUAAUAGUCUGUUUACGGUAAUGCUCUUUCUUUCCCUAAAUUUCUUAAAAUUAUGUUUCCCACAUAGUAAUGUGUUGGCACAAACAGCGAAAGCAAGCUGAAGGAGUACUUCCUGAGUGUAAGGGGAGGAUGUGGUUCAUGUCCAUGAUGUAGCUUCCCAGUCUUAUUUCCUUUGGGUUAACUCCUAAAUCAUUUUCCAUCCAUAAGCACAGCUUGGAGAAGUGAGUUGCCAAAAAUGAGUUAUGUAUAUGGGUGUGCCAUGUAUUCUAAUGAGAAGGUUUUUGUCAUAGUUGUAUAACCCUGUUUCAAGGGUGCUUUGCAUGCCGUCAUUGCGAGAUGAAGUUACCAAAGUGUUCCUUUCUCUUGCCAGUAUUCAAUAAAUACCCAGCUGAGUUCCUUUUUCUUUCACAUGGCUUCCCCCCAGCACCUAUCCUACAAAGGUUUUUUCACACCACUUAACCAAAAGUAUGUGUAAAAUAAUACACAUUUGGAAGUACAGUACUUCUAAAUUCCAAACUAAACAACAAGAAUCAAGCAUGAAAUUUUAAUUCUGAUUGGCAUCAAAUCAGUUUAGUCUGAUCCGCAAAAUUUAUUAAAACUGCAUAAUACGUAUUUGUGCUAAAAGCUAUGAGUUGUAUGCAACUAAAUUAUACUUAGACGCUUUGAAAUCUGUGAACACACAUUAGUAUUGUCCAUUAUUUCUUUGGGUUUACUCAAAGUAUGACUUCGUUGGCUACAACCGUCCAUCUCUCCAAUAAAGAGCACAAAACAAUUUGUAACAGAAGAUUUGUUCAAGUUGGUUUUGAAAAACAAUUACAGUUUUGAAAAUAACCGUAAAUCUUUCAAAAAUAAUGUAGCAUGUCACUUGAUAGCUCAGCAUAGGAUCAGAAAGCAUGUGAAUUGCUGAACUAGCUUAAUAUUUUUAAUAACAGCCUUGGUACUUGUAUGUUAAAAUCUGAAUCACACACCUACUAUGAGCUUUUAAUUCUGCUUGUUUUUCAGAUCGCCAAAAAGAAAAAUAUUCUUCCAAAUCCUUUUAAUUUAGGAACCCUCAAAAAGAACCUUACAGAUAAGGAAGCUGAACUGUAUAAUGUUAUGAAGUAAGGUGUUACUAACUUUUGUUCUUUAGCUUCUGACUACAUUAAUAUUUUGUGUGUGGAUGUAUGCAAAUAUAAAAAUAAGGCUGGUGUGCCAGUUAUUAGACUGCCUAUUGGAAAGUGGUCAGUUUCUGAAGCUGUGAAUGUCCUUGUGUGGCUGGUAGCCUAUCUUUAUAACUACAUUAAGGUGUACAGCCAUUGGAUAGCCAGUGUGCUAUUGUGAGUGUACACACUUUUCCUUAGAAUGAAUUGCCACUAACCAUGUACCUCCACACAGGAAACUUCCCCAUGCUUUCUUCACCUUCCCCACUUAAGCUAUGUGGGGCAGCAGGAAGAGCUAUUUGCUAGGCUUUCCUUGGGAAUCUGGUAUAAAAACAUGAGCUUUUCACUAGUGUGCAUAUUUUUUGUGUGCAAACCAUUGCAGUAUUUCAUUACAUUUAUUUAGGAUUGAAUCUGACCAGAAAAAAACCCCACGCAAAAUAUUUGUUAAUUGUUACUGGUACAGGUUUCUUGCUGCUGUUGCACAUUUCUUAUAAACUCUUGCUUUAAAUAACUUAACUGUUUGACUAAUCCUUUUGCGCUAAGCCCAGUUCCCUGUACUUUUGCUGGGGCAACUUUUUAUGCUUGGUGUGGGAGAUUGUGAAGAGUGGAUCUUGCUGUCAUCUCGUGCUUGGGCAUGGGCCACAAUGGACUAUGCUUAGGAGUGGCCUUGCUGAGAAGUAAGAGGGACUUUCAGGGUCUGGACACAAAGAUCGGUCCAACAUUAAUAAUGACAGUUAGAAUAAACAGCUGAUUUCAUCUGCUGUCUUAAACCACUCUUCCUCCACGGACAAUCCAACCAAAAAGCUGGUUGUUUCUACUGUCAGCAGGUAGACUAUCAGCAAAAUUAGAGUUUCCCUGCUUAAUUUGACCAAAUUCUUUGAAACUGUAAGGAAUAAAAUUGUGACCCUGCUACAAGUUGGUUCAAAUGCCAAAUCCUACCAAAAAAAAAUCUAACUUAAUUUCAGCUAAACAGAAUAGCUUGGAAUCUUAAGAGAAGUCACCAGCUUCUUAGGACAGAACAUACAUGACUAUUUCAAUAAAGCACUAUCUAUGUUCACAAUUAAUUGGUAUAGAAACAAGCCACGCCCUAGGAAAAUUUCUUACUAUGUUGCAGCUUUGCACAGUAGGAUUUGUGUUCUUAAUUGUAAAAAGGUGAUGGUUGAUCAACUAUUUUCUUUUGCUUUUGAAGGUUGACAUCUGGUCCUGAAAACACUCUCUUCCACUAUAUUUCUCUAGAAACAAUGCAUGGAAUUUUUAUCACUCCAACACAUGCUGAAGUCGCACAGCUGAGUGGAACUAUCCAUCCCCAGCUCAUCAAGAAUUUCCAUCGUUGUUGCCUUUCCAUCCGUUCCAUUUUUCAACAAACUAUAACAAGUGAAGUAUGCAUCAUUAUCUUUAAUUAUGGGGAAACUCUUUUGUUCCAAACAAGGGAAUACAUAGCUACUCAGAAGUAUGCCCUACUGAAUUCAAUGGGACUUUAUCCCAGAUAAGUGAGUAUAGGAUUGCAGCAUAACUCUUUUCUCUUAAAAUGGGGAUAAAUUCAAUUUUUAAAAUAAAUUUAACUUCUUAACUGCAUUACUAUGGCAAAAUUAACUGUUCAUUAAUGAAAUAUGAUCUCAAUUUAAAUAAUGGCAGAGCCAGACUUUGUGGAGUUUAUAGAGGCUGUACUUCCAAGUAAUUCACUCUGUCUCAUUCAGAUAUGACAACAAACCAUGGUUUCUUGUUACAAUAAUGAGCUGUAGCAAGUAUUGGGCUUACACACACCUUUCUACAGUUCAUAAGUACAAGGAGAGGAUGGAAGGAAGAGAGGGGAGCACUAAGUCUGGAGCGUGCUAUGGCAUGUCCUUGUAUCAAAAAACUAUGGUAUUUGUGUUAGGUUGAGACACAGAAUUUAAGCUCCCUGGAAAGAUUAGUUCUACCAUUCAUGAAAUCAAGAGAGGAUUUGGUUAUUGUGGUCUGUUGUUACACCUGAGCCAGGCUGCUGCAUUGUCAACUUUCUUUAAUCAGGACUGCUUUAGCACAAUGGUCAGUACUAUGUAUGAAAAUUAAAUCUGUUUUACUAUAUGUAUUUUUAAUCUCAAAUUAGAUGCAUGUGAUUAUGUCAAAAAUAGACAUGUGCUUACAUAAUGUUUUAAUGUAACACAGAUAAAACUUUUUUUGUUAUAAGCUGAGAGCCGAACAAAGUGGAUAAAAUGUGAUUUAAGCGAAUUCUUUCAACUGCUAACUUUAGUAAGAAAAUCUAGCUGAGAAGUAUAUUUAAUUAUCAUUUUCUUCAGUAUAUAUAUCUCCUUAGCUGAGGCACCAUGCCUAGUUUUAUUCUUUAUGUCUGCAGCAAAGUCGCUUUGGAAGCAAACAUUCAACUUCGAAGAGAAAUCAGAGUAAUGUUAUAUCUCCUGAGUCUGAAAAUUUCUUUUCAAUUCUAGCUGUAGCUGAGUAGACAGCUAUUUCUUGGUUCAUACAUCACAUUAAAUCAUAGUUUAAAACAAAUUAUGAUUUAAUGUGAAGACAGAUUGUGCUGAUGCAUGCUGCUGAAAUGUACAGCAGUGCCAGGAAACAAGCCAGAAUCUGGAUUUUUGUAAUGUCUGAAUCCAGCAUGGUGGGCUUUUUUUCAGCCAGAACUUGCCAGGACUCAGUUCUGGCACUUCACAAGUAGGUGCCAUUGCCAUUAUAAGAGAACAAGGGAAGUGGUAAUGGUGAGUUCUGGCACCUGUUUUUAUAGAAAAAUAGUGCUGAGCGUGGUUGCUCUCUUCAAACAAUCCAUGAGCAGUAACCAAGGUUUGUUCUUGUCUUACUGCUUAUAGUUUGUUUGGAGAGAAACGAACAAUGAUCCCACGUUCAGACAGCACAAAAAGCCAGACUCUGGUUUGUUUCUUGACACUGCAAAAUUAGCACUUUUCAGGAGUGUGCACCAAGUACACUGUAUGGUCACAUUAACCCUUAGUUAAAAACAAACUAUGGUUGAAUUUGAUGUGUGACUUCAGCCAGUGUGGACAGCUAUUUAUCAAAAGGUGUAAAAACGUCCUUAGUCAUAACAUUUCAGAAAAUAUUUGAUCUAUGUUUUAUCACAGACAGUGAAACCAAGGUUCCUGUUCCUUGCUCAUAAUGCUAAUUCAAAUUUCAUUGCCCAUUUACUUUCUUGUCUUUCAUUACAGACUAAAAAGACUGCAGGUAAUAGAAGUUCAGACCACAAAAAAGCAAGUUCUGGCCUACAUCAAGUGAAAGAACAUGGGGUGUUGUUUGAAUGUUCUCCUGACAACUGGACAGACCAAAAGAAACCUCCACCAACUAUAAUGUACUGGGUUGUGGGGUAAGUGAGCAAUAAUACCCUUUUUUCUGUUUUAUGGACUGCCCAAAUCCUCAAAACUUCUGUUUUCCAAAGUUUGUAAUUCAGCAUCUUUUACAUGGGUAAAAGUCACUUCCCUAAUGCAGCGAUCUAUUUUUAACUUUUGUACCACGAAGGAUGAAAACGUAGCAGAGGAUCAAUUCAGUGUGCAUAAAUAUACCUAGCAAAGAACAUUUUGAAAGCUCAGCACGUACUGCUGUAUAGUUAUUCCAUUUUUAGUUCUUUAUUAAACCCUUACAAAAGCACGGACUGUUUUUAGAAUAGCCUAAAGAUCUUAUUCUGACACAAAGUUCUUUUUUUUUUUUUUUUUAACAGGAGACUCUUCAUAGAUCCCAAGCCUCGGGAGUUUUAUGUCUGUUUUCAUGACUCAGUUACAGAGGUUGCUGUUGAACUGGCUUUUAAGCUAUCUUUUGGCUUAGCUCUGUAAAUUUGUUUAGCUAUACAUCAUAAACCUUCCAACACACUUAAGGCACACAAAUAAGAAUUAAAUUAUGGUUUUGUCCUGGAUGCUCUUUGAAGUCUUCCUCUAGAAUAAUCUCGAUGAAUAACUUUUCAAAUGUUUAUAAUAAUACAUGAAUGUCAUCAACAGUAUUCUGAGUUGGCUGACUUUUCAAAUUACUUGUUUUAAAAAAACUAAGCAAGUGGUGAUUAUCUCUUUACUGCCUUGCAACAAAUUUUGCACGUAAGCACUGUGAUCAAGAAGGAUCUGUACAUGUGAACCAUAUGUAGAUCUGUAUUCUCAGAGCUGAGUUUCUUUCUUGCAAGGUUUAAAAGCUCAAAACAUGUUAUACUUUCCUCAGGUUAAAAAUGCAGUUGGGCAGGGGCAGCGAUCUGUGGGGCACUUUGUGCAAAUGUGAACAGCCGUAAAGACCUCAGUUUCACACACACACUUCUGGACGUCAACUAAGGGAGUGUAAUGUUUAAUAUAUUACAUAGGGUACAGAAUUCUAAACAUGCUAUGGAAUGUAUUAAAGAUCAGUGGGGGUGAAAAAACCCCCUGAACGUUUUCUGAUUUUUAUCUUACACAGGGG